UUUCAGGCCGACUUGUCGGUGUCCUGUUCAUCACCGAGGAGCGCUACAAUCAACGGUUCCCGCCAGUUCGGCCACGCUACCCAUCACCGCCGCAAGAAUGACGACGGACGCUAAUUUCACUGGCGACCCGUCGCCGCUCGUUUCCGUACUUGGUUUGAUCAAGUCACCUGAUUUGAUGAUUGGCUCAACAGAGGUGCCGUUGUUUGAGGAGGAGGAUAUGUGUACACCACUCAACAUUUCUUGUGCAUGUCAUACGGACUACUCAAGUUAUGAAGGUUUGGAGAGAGUAUUUCUUGGCCUCGUCGCAGUUCCAGUAAUCAUGUUCGGCAUUCUGGCAAACGUCACAUCAAUGCGCAUCUUUACACACCGUAUCAUGUCGGGAUCCUCAAUCAACUGGUAUCUUGCCGUACUCUCCGCGUCUGACACGUUGAUUCUCUUCUCCGCGUUUUUUGUGCUCUCGUUGCCGCGUUUCGGAGAAUAUCUCACCUGGUGGCGGGCGAAUUAUAUCAGCUAUUCGGUGACUCCGUGCAUGUACGGUCUAAUGAUGACCGCCCAGACGUGCAGUGUCUUCAUGACGGUCGGUGUCUCCGUUCAUCGCUACAUCGGCGUCUGUCAUCCGUACAAAUCGGUCGAGUGGCUGCCCAAGAAACGGGUCACCACUUUCAUCAUUGGUCUACUCACGUUCUCCGUGAUUUUCAACACGACUCGGUUCUUUGAGGUCCACAUUUCCAACGUGUGCUACCGAGAAAACAUCGACUACUACAUGCCAUCACUUCAGCCGACCGCUCUUCGAAUGAACGAUCUGUAUAGGCAAAUAUUCUUCGGAUGGGCGUACACCAUUGUGAUGUAUGUGGUGCCGUUCACACUGCUGAUCGCGCUCAACUCGAUGGUGCUGUCGGCGGUGAGACGGUCGAGGCGGAUGCAUAUGGUUUCGCAGUGUGGCGCCGAAAGUGAGGAGUUCUCGAAGAAAGCCGAACGAAAGGAGCGACAAACUUCUAUUAUGCUCAUCUCAAUCGUGCUCCUGUUCAUCGCCUGUAACACUCUUGCAUUCGUUUGCAAUAUUAUGGAGAACAUGGGCACUGAGGGAGCAAUCUAUCAAACUCUUGUCACUUUUAACAAUUUAUUGGUGAUCAUCAAUGCUUCAUGCAACAUCUGUGUCUACAUGCUGUUCUCUGGCAAAUACCGAAUGCUUCUCCGCUACUAUCUGUUCUGUGAUUGGUCCCGACAGGGAGAGCUACUCGUUAGUUCCGUACUCAAUUAGUCAUUUUCCGUUUUAUUUUUUUUUCUUUCCCCAACCGGUUGCUUUUGUGUUUUUCCCCCAAAUGUUCUGUUUUUGUAAUAAUUUUCUUUCUUCUAUCCAUUUAGUUGGGGUAUUGGUAUUGCUUUGAAAUUUUUGGGAAAGUUAAAUUUUGCAAAUUUUUGCUCAAACUUACAAAAAUUAGUUUUUUUUUUUUUGGAAUUUCACAGAAAUCGAUAAUUUUUUUCAAAUUAAAAAUAUUUUAAAAUUCGGUUUUUUUCUGUAAUUUUCAAAGAACUUUUUUGUAUUUAAAGUAUAAUUUUAAUAAGAUCAAACUGAAAAUUAUAGAAUUUUGGUUUUUGUUAAAGUUCCUGAUUUCAUAGUAAAAUAAUUAUAGAAAAUCGGAAAAAUCUGUCUCAUUGCGAUUUGAUCUACGAAAAAUGCGGGAAUAUUUUUCCAGAAGAAUUGUGACCCCAGAACAAUUGUGACGUCAGCUUAACCAUGUGCAAUCAUGAUGAGAUGUCUGCGUCUCUUCUGCCGCAUUUUUCAAAGAUCAAAGCGAAAUGAGACUGUUCUGACUUCACGUGAGUUUGAAUAAUUUGGAAAAAAAAUCGUUUAAAAACUUGACAUUCCAAAUUUUGUAUUUUUUUUUGUAUUUUUUUAAAAGUUUUCAGGCAAUUUUCAAAACUUUCAACAGAAUUUUUUUUUAUUUUUUGUCUGAAAAUCAUUUGAAAAAUAGGUCAAAAUCUAUUUGAAUGUGGAGAUCUGAUAAAAAUUUCAAUUUCAAUGUGAAAAAAAAUUUCAAAAAAUUUCAACUCCCAGUACCCCUUUAUUUCGUUUCUUGCAUGUCUACCUUCAGUACCUUACCGUACACUCUCUGUACAUUUUUCUAGAUUGAUCGUCUCGAGAAGAGUCAAACUUGACAGGAACAUCUUCAUAUAAACUUCUACUUAACCCCCCACUUUCCUAUACUCUGUACUAUUCAAAACGGGUGUCACAACUUGAAGCGGAGAACAACACGCAUGUAACUACUUUUUUUUCGACAUUUUCUUAAUUACAUAUAUAUAUAUAUAUUUUCUUUAUUUGCUAAUACAGAAACUAUAAGCUUGUAUUGUAUAUUUAUUAACUACUAUGUAUGUUGAAACCAAAUAAACUCAAUUUUUAUU